CCGAACAGUCCAAAAUGAAACUGCUUCGCAUAGCCUCAUUUAUUUGGUUCAUUUCGAUUGUUAAGUACUCGAAAUCUUUGCUCUGGCCAUCAUCCUCCAAUUUGGGUCUUACCCUUUCAGUGUCCACGCCCAUUGCCGAGCUGUACCCAGAGCGUCGCAUACUCAUCGACUGGUGCUUCGCCAUCUCCUACAACUAUCCGUACAAGCUGAGCGAAUUCUACAGCAUACCCAUUUGGCCGGGCUUUGCCAAUAACAAUGUGAAGCGUGCAGUGCCACAAUUGGAGCAAACGGAUGCGAAUUUCUACACCAAAUACGGACACGAUGCGGCGUCGGGCGGCAUACAUCCCAAGGAUUUCUCGGCGGCCGAGCUCUAUGCCUUUCUGGAGGAUACGCUGGCGGGCUAUGGCUACCAUGAGACCUGCCUGCUGCGCAGCGUUUGCGAGCUGGCCCAGCAUCCGUUCGACGGCAGCCAUCAGCACAUGCUGACCGAUUUUGUGACAUUUGUGCUUAGCCCCUCGCUGCAUGCGGGCUUCCGGGACGAGGAGACAGUGUACAGGCGCGCCUACGAGCUGGCCGAACAGGACGGUCUGCUGGGCAGGGACUGCCAGCAGCUGUAUGCCCAAUGCAAGCACGAUAUCUUACAGCACAUAAGCCAAGUGAUAUUCCACUAG